AAAAAACGGUGCUGAAGAACAACUUUUUCGCUGAACCUCUUACUGAAGCUUCAGUGCAGUACAAAUAGAAUGCAGAAGUAUACCGGAAAGUCAUCAUUAAAUCCCUUAUUGUACCACACUACACGUUUACGCAACAAUGCGGAGGUGAUUCGAACGCCAAGUACUUUGAAAUGCCUUUGCCAAAAAUGGCUGACAAAACAUCAGCAAACUCAAAUAUGCAUGCAUGCUAGUGGACGGUAAUAACGCCAUUGAGCAUAAUUAACAGCUUGACAUUUUUUUUGACUGAAGCCCUUAUCUUACGAUUUUUCUUUCAUAGCCAACCCUCUAUCAAUGGCUUACCAGUAACCUAGAUAAUAAAUGUUCCCUUAUUCUUAUUUAUACCCCAGUUUUUGUGCAGAUUGCCUGACGUGAAUAGAUGCGUGGACAAGGCUAACAACCUAACAGAGUGCAACUGCACUUAUCAAAACCAAAGUUAUUGCCCCUCCAGCAACAGCUGCAUACCGUUAGAUAAUUACAACGCCAGUGUCUGCUGGGAAAACGCAAGCUGUACUUUUGGUAAGUGCAGUAUUUCCGCCAUCUUUUCGGGUUUAACAUUUACGUUAUGCUUUAUUCAACAUAGGCAAUAGACUGGACCAAAUUUUCUAACCAAUAUAAUGGACAAAUUAUGAGUGGUGUCAUUUUAUUCUAUGCAUUACAAAAAAUUCAUAUAAAAUGCAGCUUGUGAUUGCCUUCACCUUCACGGUAGAGUUCACCAUAACGUCAUUUAAUUCCAGUUUAGGGGGUAAAUGCAAAGAGAAAAGAGUGAAAGCAACUAAAACGGACUGUGGAGAAACCUUUCUUUUUAAAGAAAUUGGACAUAGAAACCCCCCCCCAAAAAACGUCAUUUUUAAAGAUAUCUCGAACUCGAAACAUCCUUCUGCAUCUCUUUAUGAUAUUUAAAUAACUGCCUGCUCACAAUUUACGAUGUAAAACAUCUUAUUUAAUUUGCUUAAUACAAAAAUAUAUUUAAAUAUAUCUUAUUUAAUAUGCCAUAUUCAAUCAGGAAAGGAACUACAAUUCUAUUCACAGUGACGUCAUUCGAUCACGUGGUUUACACAAGAAAGCUACAACGAUGACGUGGAUCAUACAUAAAAAUUAAAUAGAGGGAACAAAGGUUUCUAAAAAGCUAUGAUAGCCUUUGCCUCUAAGAGUGGUAAGAAAUCCAAAAUUUAGGGGGCUCCGGCUCAUUAACAAUAAGCCACAAAUAAAUGAUGUCAAUAUAAUGGUUCACUUUAAAUCCCUUAGGUGGGAUUCAUUUGCAACAUAAGCGUAUGGCUGUCGCAUUUGCCUGUUUAAAUUUUUUGACUGCUUUUAGCUUUAAAGAAACAAUCCAUCCUUAACUACUUACAUUGCAAGUUUCUCAAAUGUAGGUAGUUGAACAUUUUGUUUUUUCUGUUUAUGUCUUUAAUAGAUCAUUUCUUAUUGUUACGGAUACUGUAGUUUCUAUUUUUGUUUUUGUUUUUUCAACAAGUUUCGUUUCGGUUAUUUAAAAAAGUAACAUAAAACCUGCUUUAGGUUACACUGAGAAACACUGAACUUCAGCUAUAUGCUUGGUUUCUUUUUCAGCAACAACAACAUCCAUGACCACAGUUGGUUCUUCAACUGCAAGUAACGUUACUAACGGUAAAAGGAUUUGCAUUGUGUUUUACAAAAAGGUUACACUGAGAAACACUGAACUUCAGCUAUAUGCUUGGUUUCUUUUCCAGCAACAACAACAUCCAUGACCACAGUUAGUUCUUCAACUGCAAGUAACGUUACUAACGGUAAAAAGAUUUGCAUUGUGUUUUACAAAAAGGUGUAUUGGAGACUGGGUAUUAGCUACUUGAUUUCUGUAACAGCAGCACUGUUUUUAGAUGGAGUACAGAACAUUUCAAGUUAUAGUGGGUGGGGGGAGGGGGUUGCUUUAGUUCCCUGUAGGUGAACUAGAUCGACGCAAUUAUAAAAGGGGGGGGGGAGGAAAAAAGGUUAUUUUUAGUAGCUAAGCUGGAGGUUUAUGAAGGUGGCUUUGGGCUCCACGUCCGAGGAAACGAAAAGAAAGAAAAAAAGUAAACCCAAGAAACGGUACAUUCCAACCCAACUCUUUCAAACUCUUUACCUCUUUAAUCAAAGGAAAACAAUCCGUUUAGAUGAACGUUUUAACCUGAAUCAUAACAUAAAGUAGAGGCCACCCCAAAUCAUUGUCAUCUCGAAAUUGUCACCUAGCCUAACCGCGAGGGACCCUAGAAACGAGGUUGCACCUAGCCCGGGCACCUAGCACAGCAUACCUGUAAAGUUACACAUCUGGUGCAAUCAAUAUUUAUCGAAGAUUUCUUUUAAACUGCAGCGUCUGACACUGUACUAAUACCAAGUGAAACAACAAUACCAACAUUGACAAGCAAACCUACCAAGUUCUAUUCUCUCGACACCGAUUACUCGCCGAUCAUUAUAGCGGUGGCAGCGGGAUUUGGAGGAUUUAUUGUUUUCGUGUGCUGUAUGUGUGCCGUUCAUUCUUGGUGGUUAAAGAGGAAAAAGUUCACAGAUGUCAACAGCACACCAUUGAGUAAAAUAGAAAAAAAGCGAAGAAAAAAAGAGUUGCUAGAGGCCAGAAUGCGAGAAGCAUUAGGUAAAGAUUUCAAAUUAUUACAAGACGGAAAAGGCCAGGGUGAAACGACGAACUUCAGAAGCGACGACCCUAAUGCUAAUGAAAGAGGAUCAUAGAGUUUGUUCAUUAGCAUAAGGUUCGUCAGAUGUUAAAUUCGACGUGCCAAGUUUGAUAUAAACGUACUAUACGACGGGCUUCAGAUCUUCUAUCAUCAGAACUUUCUGUGAGUGGCGGUUUUGUUUGCCGCUACAAAUAAAGAAGCGGAAGUUUCUAACAAUCGGAGGGUACUUUAGGGGCUUGAUCUCUUUUAAAAAACAGAGAAAAAAUAGUCAAAAAAUCAAGAACGGUUUCAAUGCCAUUUUAGAGGUGCUGUUACUCUGGAAUAGAAGUAAGGAAAUAAAGUCCCAGAAUUUUGUUUGUGAUAAGAAAAGGUCAAAAUACCAAACUGGACAUUAUUAUUAUUAUUGUUAACAUUAUUAUUUUUUUCAUCAGAGGAAAAACGGCAAGGAAGAGAACCAUCUAAAUUUGACAUGGCUUAUACAAAGCCUCAAAAAGUCAACGAACGCGCUUUAGCCAAUUACGACUGGGCAAGAACCUCGUACCUACCAGGCAUGCUCGAGCCCACGGCUCACGACCAAAAUCCCUCGGGAUCAAUCCCGAAACUCAUCUGUGAUGAUGAUGACAGUGACUUUGAUGAUCCAAAUGAGUUGGGUGACGAUAAUAUAACCUUCGAGCACGGGAAGGAAGACCCGCGAGAAGUAGAAUCACCUUCGAUGUCGUCGUUGUUUUCACCUGUGGACGAACUCGAGCCGCAACCACAGGAGCCCGUGAUUGUCGAGCCUGAGAUGUUUGAUAGUCUGGCGGAAAUUCCCCGCCCUCCCCCUGACGGUGAUAUGGUUGGCUCAAAAGGAGUCCCUCCCAGUCAGGAUUACGUCACAAUGAUGGGAAGAUUUUAA